UGAGUUUCCGCUUCCUGCCAUUCAUUAAUACAUUUAUUUAUGAAAUUAUUCUCUGUCUGAAAAUAGUUAAUCAAGACAUUGAGAGGGAAUACAGACUUCGAUUAAUGGGUCUUUGGGGAAAAAAAAUGUAAACAGAAAAAUUAAACAGAAAAUAAAGGAUGUUAUUAUCUGCACUGUCAGCAGGAGGCGCCGUUUGUUGACAGCAGAUCAGUAUCAGGAUGAGAGCUGUCAAACAGGGCGAUGUCAUCUGUCAUUUUUAAACAUCCUACUGUAAUUAAAACAUCCGUAACAAUAUCUGAGAGGGAACCUUCAUCGUGAAGUCUUAAUUUCAGAACAAGCUGUUGAGCUAUUGGUAACUUGACGGUGGCAUCAUCUCCCCCAGCGACAGCGUCACACAAACUCCGUUCAAGAAAUAGUCAAUUUAGUAUCUCUCAAGUUUGACGAGCAUAAAUCUAGUGCCAAGCAUGAUGUGCAGCUGAGUCCACUUUGACAGAAAUAUGGCGGCCCAGCCGACCCCACCAUCAGUCCUAAGAGAGUUCUGUCCACUCUACUACCUGCUUAACGCCAUCCCAUCCAAGGUGCAGCGUGGAUUCAGGUCUGUCCUGGUCUACCUUACGGCUCUGGACAGCAGCAGUGACUUCCUGGCGGUGGGCAGCAGCAUCGGGAUGCUCUACCUGUACUGUCGUCGCCUUGCACAUAUGAAUAAGUACAGCCUAGAGGGAAAGGGUGAUGCCAUCACAGCUGUGAAGCUGCUCAGCUGUUUUGAUGAUCUGGUUGCGGUGGGCACAGCGUCUGGUCGAGUUGCAGUCUUCCAGCUUGUGUCUCCACUUCCUGGUCGUAACAAACAGUUGAGGCGUUUCGAUGUGGUUGGCCUCCAUAAAGGCUCAGUCACGUCUUUGGCAUGGAGCACCAAUGGGAUGAAACUUUUCUCUGGAGAUGAUAAAGGGCGGGUUGUGUUCUCAUCUCUGGAACUGGACCAGGGGGUAUGUAAACCUGUGCUGCUGUUUGAGGAGUCCUCAGGUGUGGUUCAGAUGGAGUACAGUCACCAGGUGCUCCUGGUCUCAACACAGCAGAGAUCUCUGCUUUAUUGCACACAGAAACAGGAAGUCCAGCAGCUGGGUACUAAGCCCCGCAAGAGUAGCGGCAGGUUUGGAGCUUGCUUCCUGCCAGGUCUCUGUAAACAGAGCGAUCUUCAGGUGUUCGCUGCUCGACCUGGACUCAGACUGUGGAGGUCUGACAUCAGAGGACAGGUGGAGGACACCCGACUGCUCAAACCACUCUUCAACACACAGAUUCCCCAGUUUGAGUUGUUUCCUCGUCCUUGUCCAAUCGGAGCUUACCGUCCAGCAGACAGACAGCUCGGCCUGCUCACCUGUUUCCUCAGAGAGGGUUGGAUCCUCAGCUGGAAUGAGUAUAGUAUCUACGUCCUCGACUGUCUUAAUGAGGUGAUAAUUGGAGCCUUGGAGAGCAGUGGAGACAUUGUUUCAGUGUCGUGUUGUGACAAUGAGAUCUUCAUCCUGAAAGGGGACAGAGACAUUAUCCGCCUCUCCAACAGUCCUGAGGGACUGGCAUCCAACCUGUCUGAGCUCUCUGUCCGUCUGUCAUCACCUUUGGCCACACCCACCAUCGUCCCUCCAAAUGGAUCAGUGGAAACAGCUCAGCCAAUCAGAACCAUGGCUAUCAUUGUAGAAGGUGGGGGGAAGGAAGAGAGAUUAGGAGGGUGGGAGCGGCACAGUGACGAGGGAGAGAAAGAGGAAGAGGAGGAGGGCGUGGAGGAAGUGGAGGAGGUGGAGGAGGUGGAGGAGCAGCUGCAGGUGAUGGAGCAGCAGUCCAGUUUGUUCACCAGCAGCUCUCGCAGCCGCAGCAGCUCUGUCACCUCCUGGGACAGUCUCCGUGGAAAUGUCCCUGUGACAACAUCCUGGGAGCUGAGCUCCAGACGGUACAGUGCUCCCCUGAACCAGGGGGAGAUGCAGCAGGAGCUGGUGGUAAAAGCCAUCAGAGUGAAGAAGAAGAAGAGGAGACGACAAGAUAGCAGCAGUGGGAGUCGUCUCUCUGAGAGCAGCUACUCAGACUCCAUGUUAGUAGUUCUGGACAGCAGCUGUAGCGACGGAGGAAGUGGAACUCCUCAGAGUGACCGGGCGUCUCUCAUCUGUCUGGACCUUCAAAACCAGGACUACCCAGAACAAGACCACAACCAGGAAGCACAGGGGGGAGAUUUAAACAGAGAUGCAAAGGAUGAAGAGGAGGUGAAGUCUUCUGCCAGCCAGUCUGGCUCUCUUCUCCCUCCAGGAUCCCUGUUCCUCCAAGGUCUGGAGAAUCAGCUGAACCCAGGAAUGGACUCUGGUCCUGGUGCAGAGGCAGAAGUCAUUCCCCCAACCCCGGACGUGGAUCUGCUGCUGGAGUGCACCUUCUCCUACAUGCAUAAAACUGAGGACGAUGAUGGACAGCAGCAGCAGCCAAUGGAUGAGCAGGAGGAUGAGUUUCUGAGUCCUCUGAUUGGAGAAGAGCAGGGGGAGGAGGAGGGUGAUGACAUGACACCCCCUGUUGGUCUGGUGGACCAGAUGUUUUACUCCACUGUGUCCAGUCUGGAAAAAAAACCCAGUAUGUCCAGUGACGAAGAGGGAGACAUCUACGGCCGUACUGUAGCCCCUGAGGGCAGCAGGGGGGACAUCGUCAACUGUCCGUCCAGUCAUAUGGAGAGGACAAUUGACAGACAAUUGGACCAGGAUGCUCAGGACAGAGACACACACAAACCUGAGCAGUUGGCUGAAAGCUGGAUGGGAUAUUCAGGACCAGGAUGUGGAAUACUGAGCCUACAGGUGACUGACAGGCAUGUCUGGUGUCUGGAUUUUAAAGGCGGACUGUUUUGUAGCACUCUGCCUGAAACUGGACUCACCUGGCAGCGUUUUGAAGACAAUGUGCACCAGGUGGCAUUAUCACCUUCAGGUAAUCUGCUGUGGAAGGUGGAGCAGAAGAGCAUGACAGCGUUUGCUUGUGCUAAAGUAUCAGUUAAAGGAAAACGUCAUUGGUACAAAGCUGUGGAGCAAGCAGCAUUCGUGGCUCUGAGCGACGAUUCCGCCUGGAUCAUCCGGACCAACGGAGACCUCUACCUGCAGACAGGUCUGAGUGUGGACCGACCGUGUGCUCGCUCUGUGAAGGUGGACUGUCCCUGUGUGUUCAGCCAGGUGUGUGUGAGAGGCAGCGUGGUCUGGGCUCUGAGCGAGCACAAAGCUUUAUUCUACAGAGAAGGACUGAACAGCUACUGCAGCGAGGGAGAGGGUUGGAAGUAUGACACCGUCAGUGAGGCUCAGGGUGUGGAGUUGAUGUGUGUUGCCCUGGGAGAUGGUGGUACAGCUUGGGCGCUGGAUGGCAGUGGCAGUCUGUGGUUUCGAACCGGCAUAUGUUCGUCCAGACCUCAGGGUGACGAUGACCACUGGUGGCAGAUCAGUAUUUCAGACUAUGUGGUCUUCGAUCAGGGCAGUCUGUUUCAGACACUGCUGCAGGCUACCCAGAGUGUUGCCACGGUAACCAGGGCGCCAGUGGAGCGGGUGGUGGCCUUCCUGUCACAGUACUCGCAGUGCCAGCCGAGCCUGGUCAGUGCCAACUCCAGCGGAGUCUGGGUCGCCUCAGGACGGAACCAGCUACACCUGGCCCGUGGCAGUCUCGUGGGAACUUUCUGGCAGAAUGUUGUUCCCAGAGGAACCGUCUCUGCCACCAGGUGGACCUUCAUCACAUCUUCAGCUGUGCCUCACAGAGAAGGUAUGUUCCUGUGGUUGGCUCAGAGCAGGAAGGACCUGUUCUGUGUUUGGGACCAGGAUGGAGAGCUCCGUCCGUCUUCUGUCCCUCUUCCACCUGAAGUAGAACUGACUCACUUGUCUGCCUGUCGUGAUGCUCUGUGGGGUUUGGACACUCAUGGCCGAGUCAGUAUUCGUACACUGUCUCCAUCCUGUCCCAUUGGACUCCACUGGACGCCCCUGGACCUCAGUCAGCUUGGAAGUGUCCGUCUGGUCAGCGUGAGCUGCGGCAGUCAGAACGUCUGGGCCGUGGACAGUCGAGGAAUUGUUUACUUCAGAGUUGGAACCCAACCUCUGAACCCGAGCAUGAUGCUGCCGGCCUGGAUCCACAUAGAACCACCUGUACUGCCAAUCGGAGUGCAGCUGGUCACUAUUCAGACGAGUCCUAACGAUCGCCUCCUCUGGGUGUUGGACAACAGAGGAAGUGUCUUCGUCAGGAUCGGACUCAGUGAUGAGAUGCCUGUGGGGAUAGACUGGGAGCUGGUACCAGGUUUAGCUGUCAGUCAGCUGGUCCUCAGCUCUCGGACAGUUUGGGUUCGGUGUGUAAACGGAGAUCUGGCUCGACGUUAUGGAAUCUCUGACAGAAAUCCUGCAGGAGAUUACUGGAAGAAGAUACCUGGAAACGCCAACUGGUUAACUGUGUCUCCAGAUGAUGAAUUGUGGGCAGUAACUCUGAUUGGUGGAUUGUCCCGUCGCCUGACGAAGCUCCUCCCACAGACCCCCUGUAGGCCUGCCCACUCAGGCCCUUCCCUCAGCAUGGAUGAUGUUGAUGAGGAAUGGGAGCUUAUCUGACCUGUGACAUCACUGUGAUGUCACCACUGUUUGCCGUUGGUCUGUCUGAUCUGAAUUCACCUGGUGGGACCAUGUGAUGUCACAGUGAUCAGUGACAACACUUCCUGUUUACAGUCAAGAUACUGACAAGAAGCAGGCUGUGUGAUGUCACUACUGGAUCUCACUGAGCAGGCAGGUGACACCACUUCCUGUGUAGUGAUGUCACCUGCCUGCAUUAAUGUUUAGAGGACAGUUCUGAAAGAAGGUGGCUGCCAGACAGGGAGUUGCAGUGGCUGCAAAAUUACUGAAAUUAGACUUUUUGUUUUAACAGGUAGCACUUUAAUCUCUGACUACAGGGGUAUUCAUCAACUGGUUCUGAGUGGUUCUAACUUAUUCCAACUGGUUCUUCAUGGUUGAAACUGAUUCUAACUAUUUCUGCUCAAUGUCAGACUGGGCCUUCCUGGCUCAGACUGGUUUUUAACUGGCCUCUUUUACAUUCCAGUUUAAUUCAGUCUGGCCCUAUGGAAAAACAUUAAAUGGACAUUUCACAUUUUUACUUCAGUUUGGUUCAGUUCAGACUGGUUCCAAACUAGUUGUGACUGGUUUCUCAAUCAAGUAACUUUCCUCCAGUUUAGAAAGGCACAUACCUGUUGAGAGGAGCUCACAUUGGUCCCAGCUAGUUGUAACUGUGUUUUUGUGCCAGUUUUGUUCCAUUAAAAGGACACGUCACCAUUAAGAUUACUUUUGCCUGGUGCAGUUUCUGACUGGUUUUAACUGGUUUUCACCUGGGCUCCUUUUUCUUUUCAGUUCAGCUGACUCUGGUUCAUUAAAGAGACGUUUCUCUCUACACUCUGUUUAUUCUGGCUCCAGCCAGUUUUGACUGAUCCUACUGGUUCUGUGCCUGUCAGUUCAGUCUGAUUUAGUUUAGCUAUCAGAGUUAGCUUCAAGCUCAUUGUUAAAGGGAUAGUUUAUGUGAUGAAUGUACAACUUUAUUUUUUCAGUGAUCUGGACUUAAACAACAGGAUUCAUGUGUAAUUUUUAAUUCAGUUAAUUUAAUUUCAUUUGGUUUUAUUUUUGUUAUCAAACAUAACUUCUUAUGAAGUUCAACGAGUCAUCGAGUGACAGUUUCUGGUUUCCAGACUGGACUGUGUGUUGACUAACGGGUCUACUGUGUGGGUCUCCUGAGGCGUUCCGUUUAUCACAUGUACAGUCGCCAUGGCAACAGGCCGGAACACCACCCACUGGAACUGAUUUAUGAAAAACACGUUAAAAAUUAUAAAAACGAUAACUUUAACUCUGAGAAGGUUCAAAACAAAACCUCAACUGUAGUCAUUUCUGAUGGACUGUAGUGAACCAUGAUGGAUUGUGGUGGACUCAGAUGGACUAUGAUGGAGCGUGUUAGGCUCUGGAUCUGCAGUGAGGUUCAGGUCUGAGGUCUGAACUGGAUUUAUAUUAAAAAAAAUCUUUCCCUCAUCAUCUUCUGUCACCAUGGAAACCUAAGCAGCUACAAUGCAUCGUGAUGUCAUCGUGCUCUCAGCCAAUUGGUUGUAUGUUCUGACCAAUAGUUCAAUAAUUCAGUGUAAACUCACCUUCAUCUGUUAACUUAAUAAACACGAUUAAACACUGAA